AUGAGCUUCGCUUCCCGCUACGGCUCCUCGGUCUCGCGCGACUAUGCUCUCCUCCAGGGCCACCCCGCAUCCUACCACCACUUUGGCGCCCUCUCCAACACGGCCGCACACGAUGCUGCCACAGCAAACGGAGACGACGCCUCCUCGUCGUCGGCAAACCAGCUCCACACCGACGGCGACGGCGACGACGACGACCUCGCAAGCCAGUCCCACGACGACUCGUUCUCAAACGCAGUCACCGACGACGACGGCAUGAGCAACAUCUCGCUCCCGCAUCACAACAACCACAGCUCCAACUUCUCCACCCCGGCCUCGCCCACCUUUGCUCGCUCCAACCGCGGCGGCGCACCCGCACCACACCUCCAUCCCGCUGCCACCGGCGGCGGCCCCUCCAACGGCAUUCGCCGCCCCAGCGUCAACGCCGUACCCGCCCUCGUCGGCAUCCCCUCCGAGUACCUCCUCGGCGGCUCCGCCAUCCCUCCCCCCGCAACCGCAGACACCGCCUCCCUCGCCCCCUCCUACGCCGACAUCGAAGACAUCCCCGACGAGACCGACCUCCCAACCCCCAUGCCCCACGCACCCACCACCCGCCACGCACACUCCCAGCCCCGCGACUACCUCGACUACUACGGCAACGGCGCCCGCGGCGGCCUCGAGACCAGCUCCCUCCUCUCUGCCACCCGCAGGAACGCUGCGGCCGCAGCGGCACCCGGAGAGAGCGGCUUCUCGGCAAACUACGGCGCCACCUCGCACGACCACGCCGCCAACCAGAGCAUGCUCAGCAUCUCGGGCGUCGGAACGGGCAUCCGCCGCCCCUCGAUCAGCGGCGGCAGCAUCAUCAACGGCGGCCCGGGCGUCAGCGGCUGGGCCACCGCCAGCAUCGCGCCCGUGCCCGUCCCCGGAGUCGAGCAGAUCGACUCGAUCGAGCACGAGCCCCGCGACCACAUCGCCUGGCGCGAGGCAAAGGUCGUGACGCAGUAUACGAUCCCCAUCUGGGCCACGCACCUGCUCGAGCUCUCGCUCUCGGUCGCGUCCGUCUUUUCCCUCGGCCACCUCGGCACCCUCGAGCUGGCCGCCGCCUCGCUCUCGAGCAUGACGGCCAACGUCUCGGGCUACUCGGUCCUCUCUGGCUUCAUCUCGGCGCUCGACACCAUCCUCCCCUCGGCCUACACCCAGCAGCCUAAAUCGGUCGGCCUGUGGACGCAGCGCAUGCUCGUCAUCGUCGCCGGCCUGAUGCCCCUCAUCUGGCUCAUCUGGUUCAACGCCGAGCGCGUCCUCAUCGGCCUCGGGCAGGAUCCGGCGGUGGCCAAGCUGGCCGGCCAGUACCUCUCGAUCCUGGCGCUCGGCCUGCCCGGCUACGCCAGCUUCGAGGUGUGCCGACGCUACCUCCAGGCCCAAGGGCUGAUGCACGCGCCGACGCUCGUGCUGCUCGUCGUCUCGCCGCUCAACGCGCUGGCAAACUACCUGCUCGUCUGGGGGCCCGAGUCGAUCCGCCUCGGCUUCGUCGGCGCUCCCGUCGCCUCGGCCAUCUCGAUGUGGGUCAUGGCCGUCCUCUGCUUUAUCCAGUGCGUGCUGGGCCCGCGCACCGCCUGGGACGGCUGGACCAAGGCCGCCUUCCGGUGGUCGGGCAUCCGGCCCGUGCUGAGCCUCGGCUUCGCGGGCAUGUGCUCGCUCGCGGCCGAAUGGUGGGCCUGGGAGAUUGUGGGGCUCGUCACGGCCGCGCUGGGCACGACGGCGCUGGCGGCGCAGAGCGUGCUGCUGGUCAGCUCGUCGGUCACCUACCAGCUGCCCUUUGGCGCGUCGGUGGCGGCGGCGGUGCGCAUCGGCAACCUGCUCGGCGCCAACCGUCCGCGCGAGGCGCGGAUCUCGAGCAACGUCAGCCUCAUCCUCUCUCUGGCCAUGGGCGGGCUCAACUCGGCGCUGUUCCUCAUCUUCCGCCGCCAGUGGGGCUACCUGUUUUCGUCGGACCUCGAGGUGAUCCGGCUGGUCGAGCACAUCCUGCCCAUCCUGGCCAUUUUCCAGGUGGCCGAUGGCGUGUGCGGCAUCGCCGGCGGCGUGCUGCGCGGGACGGGCCGACAGGCGCAGGGCGCCCUGAUCAACAUGACGGCCUACUACCUCGUCGGCAUCCCCAUUGGCCUCGUGCUCACGUUUAGCAAGCUCCACAUGGGCCUCGAGGGUCUGUGGUGGGGCCUCACCAUCGCGCUCCUCUAUGGCAGCGUCGGCAUCUUUUGGCUCAUCCUCCGCACCGACUGGGACCACGAGGUGCGCAAGGUCCAGAUGCGCAUGAACCUAGACGACCCCGCGCACGGCGCCGCCGCCGCCGCCGCCGCAGCGGGCGCCAAGCAGCACGACGUCGAGGGGGCCCUGCCCGGACUCGCCGGCGGCGCGCCAGCUCCCGCUCCCAACGGCCAGCAGCAGUUCCGGGCGCGCGCCACGUCGAUUGCGGGGUCCACCAUCGACGAGGCCGACGAGGACGAGCGGUCGCGAUGA